AUGUUUUCAUAUGUAGGCGGGUGGAGGAAGCUUUGCCGUACGGUUCGCACAUGACAGCUGUUUCCGGCCCUAAUAUUGCCAUGUUGUGCUAGUACAGAAGCGAGCUAUGCGUGCGUCGUUAGCGGUGCAAAGGUUAGCUGCUAUUAGCGGCGCUUUUGCAGUCACAGCUGGUGCAUAUGGGGCUCACGGCUUCAGACUUAGUCACAGGAAUGAGUAUCAGAGAGAGCUGUAUAGCACAGCCAACACUUAUCACUUCUACCACAGUUUGGCCCUGUUGGGAGCCUCUCAGUGCAGGAAGCCUGCUCUGGCUGGUGCAGUUCUCCUGGCUGGAAUAGGCUGUUUCUGUGGUCCUCUUUACCACCAGGCCCUCACAGGUGACCCCUCCUUCAGCAAACUGGCACCUGUCGGGGGCAUACUCUUUAUCGCUGGCUGGAUCACCAUGGCUCUCUGAAAUUUGACCUUCUGCCUGUCUGUAGCAUAGCUCAUGGCUACAAAACCAUCAGACUUGCUGGGAGUGAGAAGAGUGAUUGCUGGAGAAAGAGAAUUGAUGAUGUGGGUGAGAGGGUGAAUUGUUCGAUCAUGUCCGGCAGGUGAUAAUGAGGCUUUAGGAUCACAUUCCUCUUUUGACAUAAAUCCCCAUUUUGUAUUCAUAGAAACAUGUGGCUCAGCUGAGACUUAAUAUGAGCAAUGAAGUGUGUGCACUUGGAUGUAUUGAAAUGGUGUAGUUUUGCAUUUUUAUUUCUUGGAGAAAAAUAAAGCUGUCUGAAAAGCUGA